ACAGGGAAUGAUGCACUUUUAUGCCCAGAAAGUCCAUUCCCAGACAGAGCAAACUGUGCUUCCUGAGUCCAUCUAAAAAGCUGCUGGAUUUGGCAGGUGUUUGGAUGCUGCAAGGUGAUGCUGGGGUCUCUGGAUACUGGUUAUACUAAGGCAGGGGGAUCAUUUUCCUAAAAGAGGAUCUGGAUAAAACACCUCUGUGCACUAAUGAGCACCAAUAAAAGGAUUAUAACUCCACACACAGGGACUUCGCUCUAAUUAGGACACAGAAAGGCUUCCUACAGUACAGAAGCCAAAAGGUAAAAGAAAACUGAUUGGCAGCAAGUACAAAACAGCACCUCUCUUUCUUCAGCCACAACCUCUGAACAAAGGAUUUGCUUCGUUUUAGCUCUGUACAACACUAACCUUCCGUUUGUGACACUUCCAGUCUUAUUAUUUGAAAGCAUUGUACAUACACGCUAUUCAGGUCUAACGUGACAAGAUGCACCUGGACAGACCCGAUCCAUUUAAUUAAACAUCAGAGCUUCAUGAAAAUCCCUCUCAUCCAAGUUAUGUCAUCUAGUGCUUCAGCUGAAGGCCUUGUGUAAAAUCCAUCACUGAAGAGUUUCUAUGUACAUUAUUUUACUUAUGCCACAUGCUAAAGUGUCUGCACAUGAUGGUCCUGUAAAAAAUGAUAAUGUUGAGUUUUUGUCAGCUUUCUGAACUUAACCUUAGUGGAGACAUAAUCCAGAUCAAAUAUAGGCUGUAAAAGUUUUGUCUUUGCAGUCACCCAGUUGUUUAUUUAUUGCCAUCCAGAAACAUCUCACAAUGUACCUUUUUAUGGUGCUGUAUCUCCAAACCCUUUGGGUGACUAUCUCCAUAGCAAUGCAGCAUGGACACUACGACGUAUGCAAGACACUAACCAAGUCUGAUGAGGGGAUAGUUUGGGAAUAUAUGGCCUGUCAGCCAGAAUCUAUUGAAAUGACACAAUAUAUGAAGGUAAAGCUGGAUCCUCCAGACAGCACCUGCGGGGACCCUCCAGAAACUUUCUGUGCCAUGGGAAAUCCGUAUAUGUGCAACAAUGAGUGUGAUGCCAAUACACAAGAACUUGCCCAUCCUACUGAGCUCAUGUUUGAUUUUGAAGGCAGAAAUCCUAGCACUUUCUGGCAGUCGAUAACAUGGAAGCAUUAUCCAAAGCCUCUGCAAGUCAACAUCACAUUGUCCUGGAACAAAACCAUUGAGCUGACUAAUAACAUCGCUAUUACCUUUGAGUCUGGUCGGCCAGAGAAGAUGAUUUUGGAGAAAUCCCUGGAUUAUGGCAGAACGUGGCAACCCUAUCAGUUUUAUGCUGCUGACUGCCUGGAUGCGUUUAGGAUGGAGCCCAAGUCAGUAAAGGACUUGACUCAUAGUACUGUGUUGGACAUCAUAUGCACAGAAGAGUACUCUACUGGGUAUGCAGCACAUGCCAAAACGUUAUCCUUUGAAAUUAAAGACCGGUUUGCAAUCUUUGCUGGACCACGUUUGCACAACAUGGCGUCAUUCUAUAGCCAGCUGGACACCACAAAAAACUUGCGGGAUUUCUUCACAGUGACAGAUUUAAGAAUUCGACUUCUCAAACCAGCCACUGGAGCCACUUUUGUUGAUGAGAGAAAUCUGGAGCGAUAUUUUUAUGCAAUAUCAGAUAUCAAGAUUCAUGGCAGGUGCAAGUGUAACCUUCAUGCUAAUAGCUGUACAUAUACCAACAACCGGCUGGCCUGCGACUGUGAGCACAACACUACUGGCCAAGACUGCGACAAGUGUAAGAAAAAUUACCAGGGGCAAGCAUGGAGUCCUGGUUCCUAUCUUACCAUCCCCAAAGGAACUGCAAAUAUCUGUGUAUCCAGCAUCCCAAGCACUGUACAGGACAAAAAGAAGAAGCAAUCCAUCACAACAGCUCCUCCAAACUUUGAUAGGAUAAAGACGAAUUCUUCAUUCCUAGACGUUGCAAACAGAAAGCAAGUUUUCCCCAAAUUAGCCCUCUCUACUGUGUCACCUGCUCAAGUUUCGAGCCACAAAAGAGAUUGCUAUUGCCACGGGCACUCGAAUCGAUGCACUUACAUCGAGGUUGUGGACACGGCGGUCUGCGUGAGCUGUAGACACAACACUCGUGGUCAGCAAUGUGAGAAGUGCAAGAAAGGCUUCCACAGAAAUGGGUCUGCCAAACUGGACGAUGUUAAUGUUUGCAUAGCCAAUGUUUGUGAUAAUGAGCUGCUGCGUUGCCAAAAUGAUGGCGUUUGCUACAACAACAUUAGGUGCCACUGUCAACCCGGCUACACAGGCAUCUUGUGUGAAAAGCUGAAGUGUGCCGACACUGGGAAUUGUGACUCCAUAUCAGGACAGGAUUCGCUGUCCCUAAACUCCUGGUUGACAUUAACUGCAAUAGUACUUGUGGACUGGCUCUGCACUUUCUAAAGGGCAGUGACAAUGGACUUCUCUUGAUGGAUGGCUGGACACUGGAAGAUUGAAUGAAAUUAAACUAAAUAAAGAUAUAAAACCUAUUGAAACUGAGAAGGCUCGACUGAACUAAGCCAUAUGUAUCAAACUGAAAACGAGAGAUCUAUGACUGUUAUAUUCCUGGCUGACAGAUAGAAAUGAUAACUUCAAAGAAAGACUUCUGCCAUGGUAACACCACCAGUUAUAGAGACCUUCUUCAAAAGGCCUAUAAAAAGAGUAAUGCCAAAUGCAGUUGGAGUUUCAUAAUUCUGCAAGGUGCAGGGAAUUUGAAAUGGAAAGCGUUUAAAGGAUGGCUGCCUCAAAUAGGACUACUACCAUGACAGGGUCA